AUGUUCGCUGAAUCGAAUUUGUCUGCAUGUUCCUCCUCCGACUCCUCCCCGGUCAUGACUCCCGCUACGGAUUACGCGAAGGUUGAAAAGGGUAAACCUGGAUCUCUUCCACCGCCACCCAAAACUCUACCCUCUCGUUUUUCUUCAUGCGCAGUGUCUGACGCUAUUCCUAUUACGGGAUGGGGUGAAAUGGACGAUGUACGUCUUGCUCCCUCGGUCCCUCCCACUUCCACUCUUCCUGAGAAGAAAACCUUCGGGUUCCUUCCCUCUGCUAUUGGAUAUUCUGGACUUGUACAAGAUGAAUACCUCGCCCUACCUGCGAUGGUCCGCUCCGACGUCUCAUUGCCUGAGUACGAAUUCUAUCAUUACGUUUUGUGGUGGUACCGUGUUUAUCACGUACACCAUCUCUCGGAUGAAUCCGUCUCCGAUGCUCGCGUCAACGCCCUGCCUUUCGCCCUCUAUGAACGCCUCGACUUUCCUAUUGCCUCGUCACUCUAUCAGCACCUCAUGUGUCUUGGCGACUUCGAACAUCAGGGGAAAACUCGCUUCUUACAACCUCCUCUCUUGACAACUGACCCAGAGAAUCUGUUUGGUUUGAAAAGCAUGGAUCUCCCUGAAAUUGGAUGGUCACGAUCUCGUCUCUUAUACGAAUGGUCUACUUCUCCGUCUUUAUUUCGACAUCUUCGCCGUGUCUCCGAUCACAUGUUUCCUAACCUACCUUCAGAACAUCUACCGUUCAGAAAGUCUUCUCAUGAGUUAGAUCAUACCAAUCUACUUAAUGAACCUGGUUGUUUCUGCGACUUGAGACAUCGCUCUCAAUUCCUUUCCUCUCUGCAGUCGGUUGUUUCCUCGUCCUCUCCCCUCGCCAUGGAGAAAUUCAGUUAUUCUGAGUUACUUCAACUCGCCUCCUCAAUUGGACAUAGGUUACGUCCCGUCUACACCGCUCGCGUCUUUGAUCGUUCCCCAAAUGGUAGUCUUUUACAACUGACUUUCAAUUCGUAUUUACAUCAUACCACUGUGCACGAAUGUGUUAGUUUGGACUCUAUCGUACAUGAUCGAACCCGCCCUUCUUUGCCGGAUCUUGGCUACGUCCCCGACUCGUCUCCUCAUCUCUCUGCCGCCCUCCGUCUUGAUUUUCAACCGUCCAUACCAGAUGCUGUUUUCCAUGAUCUCGACGUCCUGGCUGAGUGUUAUGAGGUUUCGUGUUCCGCCCAUUCCUAUUGGAAUAGGUUUAGAGACACAGCCCCUCUACCGCUUCGUUCCAGCUACUUCCGCGCUAGAAAGUUCUUGAGUACGGUUUCUCUCACAGAUGUUCUUCUUCCUGAGUAA